AUGGCGUCGAGCGAGUUCGCGGAAGCCAUCCGCGUCUUCAUCCUGGAGAAGAAGUCAGACCAAGACCGCGAGAGCGCCUUCUAUCGCGAAGUCCUCACGGGCAUCCGUCCCGACCGGCUCGUGUCGACCUCUCACGACGACGCCCAGGCCGAGGCGGAGCGUCUCCGCGCCUACGUUGUCGCCCUGGAUCAGGAACACGGCCAGCGCAGCAAGUUGCGUGGCUUCGCCCAGCGCCUCAGUCGCGUCGUGUCCGGCCUCGUCCAGUUCACCGGCGCCUGCGAUGUUCUCGUCCAGGCAGGGCCCGCGGCGGCACAGCUAGUUUACGGAGGGACUCGCCUCCUCCUGCAGCUCGCAGUGAAAGUGACCGAGUGCUACGAGAAUAUCGUGGCCAUCUUGGAAGACAUCAACGACUACGUGGACUGUUUCGCCGUGUUUGCCGCGGCACACCAGGGCUCUCGGCUGGUUCGGAAACAUCUGGUGGCCUCGUACAAGGCCAUCAUCGACUUCUGGCUGCAGGCCUCCCAACUCCUCUCCAAACCAUCCAUCAGAACUCUGUUCUCGCGAACGAGGACUCAACUUAGCAGGCAAUGGACCAAGUAUCGAGACGUCCUGCAGGAUGGGGAUCGACAAGUUCGGAAAGCCUCGCAAACCGCCCAGCUUGCCAGACAGGUCCAGAACGACGCGGAAGCAUCACAAGAAGCGGACCGCAAAGCUAUGCGGCAAGUCAUCGAGUGGAUCAAGGGCAAAGAGAGCGAUGAUGCGCUUGACUUUCGUAGCAAAUGCCGGAAGACUGCCGGAAAACGCCAUAGCAACAGCUGCCAAUGGUUCACCCAGCACCCAACGUUCGAAUCAUGGCUGGCAGCUACGAGGGGCUGGCCGUUGUGGCUCCACGCAUUUCCUGGAACCGGAAAGUCGGUUCUAGCAGCUCAUGUAGCUCAGCAGUUGGAAGAACAGACAUGGCGCACCCAUGUGGAUCAACAAUGGAAAGUAGCCUACUACGCCUUCUCUUUCGACGAUGCUUCGAGGAAAAUGACUCUCACGGCACUGAGGUCCAUUGCCAUACAGAUCCUGACUACUUUUUCCACGGUGCCAGAAAGUGUUGACCAACUACACCACGAAGAUACUUCCAAGGGAUGGCAGCAUUUGACCGAGCUGGACACUGCGGUCGACGUCGUCAAUGCAUUGAUCAAGCGAGUCCCACGCAUGCACAUUGUCAUUGAUGGGCUUGAUGAGUGUGGUGAUCGAGUUGACCUUCUGAAAAUUCUUCCAGGUCUGCUCAAGCAGCCGCCCCUAGGCGUUGUCAAAUGGUUUUUGACGAGCAGGGGCGAGAGAGAUUUCACGGACUUCAUUCGUACCAAUGAUUUGUGUGCUAUCAGUGCUCCACCGGAAAACUUCAAACACGACGUCCAUGAUUACAUGACGGAGGGGCUUCGCAAAUACGCGGGGCUCUGCUGCGACGACGAGAUUGACAUGUGGGUGACAAGGUCUGAGGGAAAUUUCCUGUGGGCAUACCACCUGCUGCGCUCUCUGCAGACGGACAGUCAUCUUACAUGUCAAGCCGACGUUAUCAGAGCACUCCGAACUUUUCCAGCCGAUCUCAGGGGCUACUACGAGCGCAGCAUCAGAUUGCUUGUAAGCAACAGAUCCAAUGAACAGCAGCGACUUGCAAGAAGAACGUUCAUGCUUGUAGCUGGCGCUGUCCAGCCAUUGCGUCUGUCUGAGAUUUCUCACGCACUCGCUUGCACAGAAGCACAUGGGUUUAGGAAAGAUGAAAUUCCAAAGCCAGGAUCCAUCGAGACGCUGUGUUCUGGGCUGGUCACGUUCGAGCGCGAGGCAAACACGAAACGGGAUGAUCCAAUACUGACAUUCAGUCACAAAUCAGUGCGCGACUUCUUUGUUGACGAUACUCUAAAAGCGACUGCUUCAGGCGCCGUCGCCAGCUUCUUUACGACGGUCCAAGACGCUUGUUGUGAAUUGGGCCUUGCAUGCCUCCGAUAUCUUUCCUGUGCAUCGUACGGAAAGCCUUACGAUGUGAUCCGCUUCCUCGAAUCGGACGAGCACGCAUUCUUGCAGCACUCGUCAGCAUUCUGGCAUCUCUAUCUCAGCCAAACAGAGCCCUCGCCUUCUACUCGUGCUUCAGUCUUGCGGUUUCUUCAGAGUCCAUGCUUCUGGAGCUGUAUUGCUGCUCAGACGUACACUGUACCGCACUUAUUUGCUCGAUACCACGAGACUAGAUCCGGUCGCUAUCGCCCCCAAACAUACGGUCGAGCUCGGCCUAACAAUGAACGAGAAUUGUAUUACGGAUCACCUCUGCCACUGUGGCUCGAUGAGCCUGGCCAUGGCGCCGAAGACCUUGUGCAGAGACUGCACACGUUCAUCGUGCAGUGGCACCCGAUCCUCAGCUCCCACCCAGCAGCUUUCCAGCAGGCUGUAAUGCACAACGAAUGGGAGGCCUGUGUUCCCGAAAGAGACGGCUUUCUGUCGGAUCGCGCGUCUGCCUCUUCGGUGGGCGAAGUACCAGGACCCGUGCCCGGCAAAGUGUCAGUGGCCUGUUUGAGCUUCGACAUAGAACUCGACUGCGUUCUGUACCAAGUCAUCGAGUACGAUGACGGGACUGGUGUUCGACAUGUGAAGAAAUUCUCGCAAAGCGUGCCUUGCGACAUGGUGAAGCCCGUUGGGACACUGUUAUCCAGCCAAGAUAUUUCCAGUGUUCAACAAGGCAACAUUGUCAUCUUCAAGGACUGCUUCACUCAUGACUCAUCCUGGAGGGUUCAUUGCGAUUCUUUGGCUGUGGAGAAAUCGAGUUCAUCUUCACAUAAGCUGACUGAGCUGCUCUACCCUCAAGCCACUGACGGAGGGUGGACGGUGCACGAAACUCCAUGUACCAUACAAGGGCAAGGCAUUUGUUAUUGUGGGCCCAAUGCUUUCUACUGCGUAUCUGACAAGCGACCUAUACGAAGUCACGGUCCGAGCAAUCGCAGCGGCACGAAUAGUGGGUCCGGAUCUGAUCAAUCUUCACCAUCCUCGGACUCUGACGAUAGUGCGAUUGAACUUGACCACGACCUUGGGCAUUCAUUGAACCGCUGCAUAAUCCUUGUGUCUCCAACAGCACCACCAAAAUGGAGCUUUUGGCAGUCAGAAAGGCGUCACGAAUUCAUGCAGCCUGCUUGCAGUCCGCAAGGCGCCAUAGCUGUAUGGAGUCCGCGGACUUAUGAAGCAAACUUCAUGAGAGUAGCUUCUGGCCAGGUAAUGUCGGCGGUACUUCCGGAACCUUCAAGCGCGGAGUUUGGCAAACAGACUGCUGUCUUCAAGUCCUUUCAUUUCUCACGAUCCGAGGACGUAAUCUACUAUCUCGUCUAUACUGUCGAUGCGGCGGGUUUUGACGUCCUGCAUCAGCGACUAUCCAUCUCUUCGCUAAGCCUGUCCUGGUCCAGCAACGGGAACCCUCAGCUCGACCGCAUCAGCUCGCAACGCGCCAUUGACACGGCAUCAAUUGGGCAUCUGCAGUCACCGUACAUUCUCACCGCAUGGACUUCUGAUUUCGUCUACGUGGCAAUGCCGCCGCUGACAUGCGAUCCAAAGCUCGUACGACUUCGACUGUCCAGUAUACUGCAAGAUGGCUCCGAGCCCGAAUUCGAGACACCUGUGGAGCCGAUCUACUUUCCCAGCAACACUCCACAGAGGCAUCCGAAGCUGUACGCAACGACUACUGCCGAAGGGCGGGAGAAGAUUGUCCUGACGUUAGACUCCUUCGGGGAAGUGGAACAGCCAGCUGUUGUCAUGAUGUGGACGUUCCACCUCGACUCGGACUGGCGAGCUUGGAACAAAGACACAGACACAGAGUCAGAAGAGUAUAAGCGUAAGGACGACGUUUACCAGCGGCUACGAGGCUCGUUCGUGGCAGCGAAUCAGAAAUUCUACGUACCGAUUCGGAGCGGCUUGGAUUGGAGAAAGAAGGCAUUCUUGUCGUGUGCGUAG